AUGUCAAAGAGGAAAAUCGAAGAUGAAGAUACAAUUGAAGACCCCCAGCACAUAUCUGCAAUUGAUUCUCCAAUCAUUGUUCAUUGUGACUUGGCUCCAUGUCAUCAUAAACCUUUUGCAAGCAGUCUAGAAUACGAAUCACACUAUCUGAACAAUCAUCAACAUAAAUGUCUUUCAUGCAAAUCCAUAUUCCCCAAUGAACAAUUCCUUGACCUUCACUUAUCAGAGUUCCAUGACCCUUUCAAUGCCAUAAGAAAGGAACGCGGUGAAAAAAUCUACAGAUGCUUUUCAGUUGGUUGUGAUAAGGUAUGUUCAAGUCCUCAAAAGAGGAAAUUACAUUUGAUUGAUAAACAUCAAUAUCCCAAAAAUUUCUUAUUUAGUAUUGUGAAAACGGGACUACGACCAAACCAAACUUCUUUAUUGAAAAGCUGA